AUGUCGCGGUACCUUAAUAGUGGUAACGCUUCUCAACAACAGUCUUAUCAACAGUCUUAUCAACAGUCUCAUUCUAUACCACCUAUAAAUAUCAUAAAUAUCGGAAGUAACUCUCCACCGUUGUCUACCGCAACUUCUAUUUCAAUAACUUCGCGUUCUCGAUACGAACAACAGGAACCUUAUCAGGCUUUAUUCACUUCUCCUAAAAUGACUACGCAUCCAACUUUACCUCCCAUUAGUGCUCUUUCGUGUGACUUUUUACCACCAUUAUUGUCUUCAAGUCAACAAGGAAGUAGUUCUUUUAAUUAUAGAAAUCAAACAAAUGUUGACAGGCAAGACCACUCACGAUACAUGAGUGGCGGUGGUAACGGUGGUGGUUUACUCUUAAGUUCACAGUCGGCUCCUUCCACACCUUAUCCUGCGUCACCUUAUCCUUCAUAUUUGACGUCGCCUCUACAAACUCAACCACCUCCUAUUCCACAACAACCUUAUUAUCAAUCACAGCAACCACAAAGAUCCCCUCCUACAUCAUAUUAUCCUCAACAAAAUUAUUCGACCUCAUAUCCUCCAGCCUAUCAACGACAAUCAUCGCCUUCUCCGGUUCAACCAACACGCAGGCAGCAGCAUCAUCCAUCUCAUUAUGCACCUUAUAGUGUACCUCAAAUUUCACCACAGAAUACACAUACACAUUCACAUUCACCUUUUCCACAACAAACACAACCAUCAACACAUAUACAACAACAUGGGAUUCCACCUAUACGACCUUUUCAAAGAAGUCACACAUCUCAAACAGUUAUAUCAGAACCUUUUGUAACAGUUACUCCAGAAUUAAAUAAUAGGCCGCCUAGACGGCGUAGAAGACCACCAUUUUCUUAUUCAUCAUUAAUUGCUCAAGCUAUUCUGGAUUCUCCGGAUAGAAGAUUAACUUUACGUGAAGUUUAUCAAUGGAUAAUGGAACGUUAUCCACAAUUAUACAAAGCUGAUGAUACUGGUUGGCAGGUUCCUCGUUCAGAUACGGAAUUAGGACAUUCAACAUCAUCAUCAGCAGCAAGUAAAGGAAAAGGAGGUUAUUGGACAAUUGACCCAGAGUAUAUGUCAGCUUAUCAUGAUGGUGUAUUCGCAAGGGGUGGAGUACAAAAACGUAGACCUGGAGAAGUUGGUUUACAUUCAGGAAUUAAUAAUUCAGGAUUAGGAGAUGAUGAUAGUGCUGGAAGUGAUACAUCACCUUCGGAUAGUUUGGGCGGCAGGUUGGUUGACGUGGAUGAUGAUGGGGAGGGUAAUUAUCAUUAUCAUCGUAUUCAUCAUCAUCAUAAUGGAAAUAUUAAUGUUCCAAAUGAUCGAAUACCUUCGUUACAAUUAUCAAUACCACCAGUAAUAUCACCUUCAUCUUCAUCAUCAUCAUUAAUGACACCACCUCCAACAGCAUCAUCCAUGAUACCUAAUAAACCAAAAAAAGCAUUUUAUAACAAAAGAAAUUCAUCCGAAUCUAAUUUUAGUAACAUGGGAUCACCAUCACAAUCACCUUCUGGUUUAUCUAAUUCUAGUGGGACUUCUUCGGGUAGAUUUGAUAUAUUUCAUUUAGCAGACUUUUCCACGGAUGUAAAUAAUUCGAAUAGAGAUAUGUCACAUUAUUCGACUAAUAAUAAUAAAUCAGGUUCUGAGUGGAAUUCGAACGAAUCUUCAAUAAAAAGAGAAACGAUAAAUAUGGACAUUGAUCAAAAAGAAGAGGCGCGUACAUUAUUUUAUAUGGGAGGCCAACCUAUGGAAAGAAAUGGUUCACGAAACGUAACAGAACAACAAGUGAAGCGAGAGUCGUAUCAAUAUGUUAAGCGAGAAGAGCGAGAAGAUGAAGAAUCUAAUUCUUCAAUGAAAAUACGUGAUUUAUUAAAUUGA